AGCAAUUUCUAGUAGGCGGUAUUUUUCGCCCUGUAACACGUCACGGGUGUAAUACACGUGUGGGGCGUGGAAUCGAGUGGAUGCCUAUAAGGAGCAGGGGCAGCAUUGUCUGACGGGCAUCACAGCUCUCUGUGAAAGUCGGAAGAGACACGCCGGCAGUUAAUGUGAAGUCCACAACCUGGAGAGGCGACCUACGUGAGCCGAGGAAGCUGCGAGCAUUCAGUACGAAGACGCUUCUCCACACACAUCUCCGCCUAUGGGGCGUGGAGAGAGACGGCUGUGCAUCUCUUUGCUUUUGGCGCGUUCGCGAACAUUAGCGAUCCAGGAAUUUUAACUCUUGGCUUUUCUAGACCAGAGACGUACAGCAUCCUCCGCUUAAAAACUAGAACGACCUCAGUGCCAGUGGAUAACCCCAUCCAAGUAGUGUAUUCGACCAGACAGUGGAUCUUAACAACUUCCAUCCAGACAGCAAACCAAAGCACAACAUUUCCAUUCCAUUUAAACAAGUGCAAAAUAAGUAUAUUUAUAUAUUUCCAGUUUUCUUUAUUUUCUUUUAUUUUUUUAAAGUUUCCUGUAAGACUUUUUUUUUUUUAACAUAAUCUGUAAAAAAUGGCUGGUGUAAUGGAAGCAGCAGACAUAGCUGUGGUGGCACUGUAUUUCGUCCUGGUGCUAGCCAUCGGGUUUCUUGCCAUGUGGAAAGCCAAUCGCAGCACUGUGAGCGGCUACUUCCUGGCUGGACGCUCCAUGACAUGGAUUGUGAUAGGUGCCUCGCUGUUUGUUAGCAACAUUGGCAGUGAACAUUUCAUUGGCCUGGCUGGGUCAGGAGCAGCAAGUGGCUAUGCUGUAGGAGCGUGGGAAUUUAAUGCACUUCUACUUCUGCAGCUGCUUGGCUGGGUGUUUAUCCCUGUGUAUAUCCACUCAGGAGUUUACACCAUGCCAGAGUACCUAUCAAAACGCUAUGGUGGCAAACGACUCAAGGUUUACUUUGCUUUCUUGUCUGUGCUGCUUUACAUUUUUACCAAACUGUCUGUGGACUUGUAUGCUGGAGCUCUCUUUAUUCAAGAGUCCCUUGGAUGGAAUCUCUAUUUGUCUAUUGUUCUGCUUAUCAGUAUGACUGCUCUGCUCACUGUCACUGGUGGAUUGGUGGCAGUGCUAUACACCGACGCCCUUCAGGCAGUGUUGAUGAUCAGUGGAGCCCUCACCUUAACCAUUAUGAGCCUGAUCAAAGUCGGUGGGCUAGAGGGUGUCAGAACUAAGUACAUGCAGGCAGUUCCUAAUGUUACCGCUAUACUAGCCACUGGAAACUACACAUACUCGCCUUCAUGUCGCAUUGACCCUAAACCAAACUCACUGCGCAUCCUUCGAGGUCCCCUGGAUGAAGACAUUCCUUGGCCAGGUUUUCUUUUUGGCCAGACGCCUGCAUCUAUUUGGUACUGGUGUGCAGACCAGGUCAUUGUCCAGAGAGUACUGGCAGCAAAAAACAUUGCUCAUGCAAAGGGCUCAACACUCAUGGCUGGAUUUCUCAAAAUCCUGCCCAUGUUUCUAAUAGUCAUUCCAGGAAUGAUAUCCCGCAUCUUGUUUGCAGAUGAGAUUGCCUGCAUCGGGCCGGAGCACUGCAUGGCUGUUUGUGGUUCCCAAGCUGGCUGCUCAAACAUUGCCUACCCACGUCUGGUCAUGGCGGUGAUGCCUGUGGGACUCAGGGGUCUUAUGAUGGCAGUCAUGAUAGCUGCCCUGAUGAGUGACCUUGACUCGAUCUUCAACAGCGCAAGCACCAUCUUCACCUUGGACAUCUACCAGACCUUUCGGACAAAGGCAUGCCAACGCGAACUGUUGAUUGUGGGCCGCAUGUUUGUUGUGGUCAUGGUGGUCAUCAGUAUUGCCUGGGUGCCUGUCAUUAUUGAGAUGCAAGGUGGACAGACAUACCUCUACAUCCAGGAAGUUGCUGGCUACCUCACUCCACCAAUUGCUGCCCUUUUCCUUCUAGGUGUAUUCUGGAAGCGAUGUAAUGAGAGAGGUGCCUUCUGGGGAGGCAUGACGGGUUUUACCCUAGGUACCAUACGACUGAUCCUGGCAUUUAUCUACCGCCAGCCUCGCUGUGACCAGCCAGAUAAUAGGCCUGCCUUCGUUGUUCGAAUUCACUACAUGUAUUUUGCUGCUGGGCUGUUCUGGAUUUCAGGGUUGGUGGCAAUUGUGGUCAGUCUCUGUACUUCUCCACCAGAUAAGGAGCAGGUUCGCACCACCACCCUCUGGGGGCUCUACAGCAUUGAAAUGACUCCCCCUAAGAACAGAGAGGAAAUGUACCGGCUGACUGAGAAGAACCACUGUAAUGGUGACACAAGCCUGCGUAAAGAGCUACCCCCAGACGUUAAAAAAGAGAGGUGCGUGGACGGGAUGGAUAUCAAACUUCUGGUCCCUUCCACAGACCAUGACCCAGCAACACCAAGUACAGAAACGUCCCCUGCCACCACUCCUGGAGCCCAGAUUGGUAACAGAAAUAUGGAGACAAUCAGAGCAGAGGAAGGCUGCCGCAGUGGUGCGGAGACGAGCAGGUGCAUGCGUUUGCUGGACUGGGUUUGCGGCUAUAAGGGAGAAUCGCAGAGCGCUCAGCAAAAAGGGGCGAAGGAGGACGCGAGAGCCAUCGCAGAGAUGCUGUACGAGCCACCUCGAGUCAAACUUCUCCUCAACCUGGGCUUGGUCUCAGUCUGCUCUGUGGGCAUCUUCAUGUUUGUUUAUUUUUCACUGUAGUAACAAGGACCGAGUGGGGUGGGAGGUGUCUGGGGCUUUUAGAAAGAGUUGACUUUUCAGAGAUGUAUGAAGCUCUGUCUGUAAUAUUUACAGUUGUAUUUUGUAGCUCUCUAACAGGGAUCUAAGCUUAGUGUAAUCAUUUUUUUUAAAUGAUGAAAGCUUCUUCACAUUUAAAACAACCAAAACCAAAACAAAAAACUAUGACUUCUCUAUGACUCUGAAUCUUAUUUGACACUAGCGUGUCAAUUUUGUACAGCGCUUAUUGUUAAUCCUGCAUUCAAAAUAUCUACUGGGAUUUUUAGAAUUGUACUCUAAGUGAAUUCAAUAUUUGCCUUAUUUGACAUAUGCACUUGUCUUUUUUGUAUUGUGAAAAUAAAUGUAUUCUGUGAUUUUUUUUUUUUAUUUUUAUUUUUUUUUUAAUUUUUUUUAAAGCUUUUUAUUUUACUCUUGUUCUCAGUGACUGUAGGCUUAGUUGCUGGUGUAGCAUACAUAUAUUGGAUAUUAACAAAUAUCCAUUUAUUUUUAAUUUUUUCUUUUUAUUUGUUUGGUUGAGGGGCCAUUAUGAACUUUGGGGGGAAAAAAAGAGUUAAUGCUGCGAAGCAUUUCAUUCGCUGCUGGUAUUGCAUAUUACCAUUAUAUUUAUUGUGAUUAUUAUAUCUGUUUGAUUUAGCCUACUGAAGGUGUUGCAUCUAAAUUUAGUGAAACUUACAGUUAAUAUUUAAUGUUUUUAAUAUAUACAUAUUUUGCAGUACAGAGAGAAAAGAGAGAGCAGAAAGAAGCACAAGACUAAUAAUGUUGUUAUUAUCGCUACUAUCAUUUCCCCUUGCAAUAAAUGACGUAAUGUAAAUGGUACAUUUGAAUUGGCUGUUUACGAUGUUGUCACUGAUGACCUAAAUCAGGGCAUAACUGGAGCUGUACUGCUAUUUUUAUUAUACUACAUUUCCUAGUAGUGUGUUUUCUUCUUUGUUUUCAUUACUUUCAUUGUUAUUUUUAUCUUUCUGUGACUGUAUUGUGUUGAAAGUUCAUGCACUAAUAUUGUAUCGUAACAAAAAAUCACAAGUACCAACAGUCAUGAGUUUAUCGGAUUGUGUUUUAUGCAAAUUUCAUUUUGUGCCCUACAUUACUGAAAUGUGUCUCUAUUACAUUAUGUCCACAAUGUGUACAAUAUACUUCAGGGCUCACUGCAUCACCUACAAUGUACAUUUCUUCUAUAGCAGGCUAUCUGUUGUGUAUCUACUGUGUGUUAAUGUGUUUCUAGUGCACUGCAGUGCUGAAAUGUCAUUUAAUCUUGUUUGAAGUGCAUCUUUUAUGAACCUCCUACCGAAUGUGUCUUAGUGUGCAAUGUUAAAGUGACAAAACAUCGACGAACACAGACUUUAAGUUUUUUAAGUACUGAAACUUUGUGCAGUAAAUACCACAUUUCUUCUUCUUUUUUUUUUUUUUUUUGUUUAAAGCCAUUUUCAGGAUUUUGUUUUUCUGUCAUGUAGACAGUUUUAGUUAGCAUUAACAGAUAAUGCUAAGCAGAAAUGACAUUUCAGACAUUUGUUGACAAAGUAGCACUUUACUGGACGAGCUUAAUCGUGACAUUAUUAAGAGUAAUUCAGCCAGGGUGCUUGAAAUCAUUGGCCUUCUAGAUUGUGGUCAUUAUUCCCACAGUGUAACGUGUUGACGCAUCAACACCUCAUCCCCAGAAUACAAAAAUAAACGAAAAGUACUGUGUUUGUAUGUAUUUUUGACACCAAUGUUGAAUGACCUCAGUCCAAAACGUCAGUUUUAUAAUGUGAUAGGCGUGAAUGAUGCAUAACAUGGAGGAUGGUUAACAGACGAUUGCUGUAUGAGUAUGGGGAAAGAGCUUUAAAACGCUUUCUUUCUUUCUGAGAGACUUUACAUUAUUAUUUUUAUGGAUUUUAUUUUUAGAGAUUGAAAAUAAAGUUUUC